GACCAACAACGCGUCAUUUCCGUCACAACGUCACUUCCGUCGUGCCGGGAGCACUACAUCCGGGUUCUGACUGGCUGGCGGACCGUAUGUUUUCUGGCUCUGGAAAGCUGUUGGAGGUUCUGGGCGCCGUGGGAGAGUGACUGACCAUGUCUCUGUCCCACUUGUACCGGGAUGGGGAAGGCCACCUGGAUGACGAUGAUGAUGAGCGAGAGAACUUUGAGAUCACUGAAUGGGAUCUGCAGAAUGAGUUCAACCCCAACCGGCAGCGCCACUGGCAGACCAAGGAAGAGGCCACCUAUGGGGUGUGGGCUGAGCGUGACUCGGAUGAGGAGAGACCCAGCUUCGGAGGCAAACGAGCCCGAGACUACUCCGCGCCUGUAAACUUCAUCAGUGCAGGGCUCAAGAAAGGGGCUGCUGAGGAGGUAGACUCCGAAGAUUCUGAUGAGGAGGAGAAACCUGUGAAGCAGGAGGACUUCCCGAAGGAUUUUGGACCAAAGAAAUUAAAAACGGGUGGCAAUUUUAAGCCCAGCCAGAAAGGCUUUGCAGGAGGGACCAAGUCCUUCAUGGACUUUGGCAGCUGGGAGAGACACACAAAAGGGAUCGGCCAAAAGCUACUGCAGAAGAUGGGCUAUGUCCCUGGGCGUGGCCUUGGCAAGAAUGCACAAGGUAUCAUCAACCCAAUUGAGGCCAAACAGAGAAAGGGCAAAGGAGCUGUGGGGGCCUAUGGCUCAGAGCGGACCACUCAGUCUCUGCAGGACUUCCCCGUGGUGGACUCAGAAGAGGAAGCUGAAGAGGAGUUUCAGAAGGAGCUGAGUCAGUGGAGGAAAGACCCCAGCGGAAGCAAGAAGAAGCCCAAGUACUCCUACAAGACAGUGGAAGAGCUGAAGGCCAAGGGCAGGAUCAGCAAGAAGCUCACAGCUCCUCAGAAGGAGCUGUCUCAGGUCAAGGUAAUCGACAUGACUGGCCGGGAGCAAAAGGUCUACUACAGCUACAGCCAGAUCAGCCACAAGCACAGUGUGCCUGACGAUGGGCUGCCGUUGCUGUCUCAGCCAUCGGUGCCAGGCAAGGAUGCUAAGGUGCCCGGCUUCGCGCUGCCUGAGCUGGAGCACAACCUACAGCUGCUCAUUGAGCGCACGGAGCAGGAGAUCAUCCAGAGUGACCGGCAGCUACAGUAUGAGCGCGACAUGGUGGUCAGCCUGUCACACGAGCUCGAGAAGACUGCUGAGGUCUUGGCACACGAGGAACGCGUCAUCUCCAACCUCAGCAAGGUGCUGGCCCUGGUGGAGGAGUGCGAGCGGCGCAUGCAGCCUCAUGGUGCCGACCCUCUCACCCUGGAUGAGUGCGCUCACGUCUUUGAGACGCUGCAGGACAAGUACUACGAGGAAUACCGUCUGGCCGACCGCGCUGACCUGGCUGUGGCCAUCGUCCACCCACUUAUGAAGGACUACUUUAAGGACUGGGACCCCCUUGAGGACGGCACCUAUGGCACCCAGAUCAUCUCCAAGUGGAAAAGCCUCCUGGAGAAUGACCAGCUGUUGUCCCACAGCAGCCAGGACCUGUCCUCCGAUGCCUUCCACAGGCUCAUGUGGGAAGUCUGGAUGCCCUUUGUUAGGAAUGUUGUCACCCAGUGGCAACCCAGGAACUGUGACCCGAUGGUGGACUUCCUGGACAGCUGGGUGCCCAUCCUCCCUGUGUGGAUCCUGGACAAUAUCUUGGAUCAGCUCAUCUUUCCAAAGCUGCAGAAGGAGGUGGACAGCUGGAACCCUCUGACAGACACUGUCCCCAUCCACUCAUGGAUCCACCCGUGGCUGCCCCUCAUGCAGGCGCGCCUAGAGCCGCUCUACUCGCCCAUCCGCAGCAAACUGUCUAGUGCCCUGCAGAAGUGGCACCCCAGCGAUGCCUCAGCCAAGCUCAUCCUGCAGCCCUGGAAGGAUGUCUUUACCCCAGGCUCCUGGGAGGCCUUCAUGGUCAAAAACAUUGUGCCCAAGCUUGGCAUGUGCCUUGCUGAGCUGGUCAUCAAUCCCCAUCAGCAGCAUAUGGAUGCCUUCUACUGGGUGGUGGACUGGGAAGGGAUGAUCUCUGUCUCCAGCCUGGUGGGGCUCCUGGAGAAGCACUUCUUCCCCAAGUGGCUUCAGGUACUGUGCUCCUGGCUCAGUAACAGCCCCAAUUAUGAGGAGAUCACCAAGUGGUACCUGGGCUGGAAGUCCAUGUUUUCAGACCAGGUACUCGCACAUCCAUCUGUAAAGGAGAAGUUUAACGAAGCACUCGACAUCAUGAACAGGGCUGUGUCCUCCAAUGUUGGUGCCUAUAUGCAGCCAGGUGCGAGGGAGAACAUUGCCUACCUCACCCACACAGAACGGAGGAAGGACUUCCAGUAUGAGGCCAUGCAGGAGCGCCGAGAGGCUGAGAACAUGGCACAGAGGGGCAUUGGGGUGGCCACAAGCUCUGUGCCCAUGAACUUUAAGGACCUCAUUGAGACCAAGGCUGAGGAACACAAUAUCGUGUUCAUGCCUGUCAUUGGCAAGCGGCACGAGGGCAAGCAGCUGUACACUUUUGGCCGCAUUGUGAUCUAUAUCGACCGGGGCGUGGUGUUUGUGCAAGGUGAGAAGACCUGGGUGCCCACCUCCCUGCAGAGCCUCAUCGACAUGGCCAAGUAGACUGCGGGGCCAGCAGGCUCAGCCCUGCAUCCAACAGAACAGACGUGCAACAAAUUAAACAGUACUUUAAACCCUG